CCCGGUUCUGGGGCUGCAGGUGCCAGAAAAGCUCGGGGGAAGGGGGAGUUGGCUCGCAUCAGCCCCACCGAACGCCCCCCCCCACCCAGGUCGGAUGGCAUCUAACUACAGAAAAGCUGGCUUGGGUGCUGUCCAGAGGAAAAAAAGUGGAUUGAAACCAGAACUAACUGAAGAACAAAAGCAGGAGAUCAGAGAAGCUUUUGAUUUAUUUGAUACUGAUGGAUCUGGAAGCAUUGAUGUAAAAGAACUGAAGGUUGCAAUGCGUGCUCUAGGCUUUGAGCCAAAGAAAGAAGAAAUUAAAAAAAUGAUAGCAGAUAUUGACAAAGAAGGAAAUGGUACCAUUGACUUUGAAGUCUUUUUGGCUAUGAUGACACAAAAAAUGAGCGAGAAAGAUUCAAAAGAAGAAAUCUUGAAAGCAUUCAGAUUAUUUGAUGAUGAUGGGACAGGAAAGAUUUCUUUCAAAAAUUUAAAGAGAGUUGCCAAGGAGCUAGGAGAGAAUUUAACAGAUGAAGAAUUGCAGGAAAUGAUUGAUGAAGCUGAUCGAGAUGGAGAUGGAGAAGUAAAUGAGCAAGAGUUUUUGAGAAUUAUGAAGAAGACCAGCCUAUAUUAAUGUUUGCUAUUGCCUUCUCUUAUGGUGGUUUUAAAAGAUUUUAAAAAAAAUGUUGGCCUGCAGCUUUACUUGAAGCUUCAUAACAUAUAAAGAAGGGAGUAUAUAUUUUGUUUGUUUUCUUUUUUUGGAUAGUAUUUAUUUUAUUUUUUUAUGAUAAAAAUGCAGGGUCUGUAUAGUCAGGAAGACUGCGGGUAACAGAAGAACUAGUGAAAUGAGACAUCCUAGGAGUGAAAGCUGAGAGAGAGUUAGUCAAACUAUUACUCAGUUUUUUUGUUUUUAAAUAUAUGUAAAGUUCAGUGACUAACAAUUUGGAGAAAGGAUACAGGUUGAACCUCCCUGGUCUGGAACCCUCAGGAUCUGACCAAUUGCGUAUGAGGGAUUUUGCCGGACCAGUUGAGGUAAUUUCUGGCUCCCCUGCUACUGGUCCCCCCAGCCCUGGAUCAGCUGCCAGCCUCCUGGCUGCCCCGUCUAGCCCCACUGCCCUGCCAGUCCCCUCCCCCUUUUCCUACUAAAUUAGGCAGCCCAACUCCCUGUGCGCCCAGCUCCUGGCUGAACCUGGCACCCUGCUGUGGCUUGCUGGGCUCCUGGACGCACCAGACAGCUCCACUGGGUUGUACCUAGUGGCACAGCAGGCAGCACAGCUGUGGAAAGCUCAGCUGCGGAGAGCCUAUCUGCCAGCUUUCCACUGGGACUCUCCGGUCCUGGAACAUCCAUGGUCCAGCAUCAGACCAGGGAGUCCUGGUUAACAGAGGUUCAACCUGUAUUAUUGGAAACAACACCUAGGCCCCUUCAUUUAAGAUAUGUGAACACAUAAUAAACAUGUUCUCCAGCAAAUCUAGGGAUGACCAGAGUUGGCGUUCUUGAUAUUUUUAAUACGUUACAAUUAAUUACAGGUUGAGUUUAUACUUCCUAAAGAAACAAAGGCACAAGGCUAACAUUUUUAUUUUUGUAAGGUUUUCAGGUCUACUACCAUGUUUAUUGCCAUUAAGGAAUCUAAAAUCGGUUGUAUAUCCAUAUUUAUUGUUUCUUUAUGAAACACUGUUCCUUUUUGUGGCCAGUUGUGUUGGGACUUUGUGGCAGGUAUGUGUAGUAGCAAAUAGCCAUGUACAAUAUAAGUUCUGUUAUACUAUAUGCCUUGCUAUCUGUAGAUAUUGUUUCAUUUUGCAAUCCCUUGAUUGUCUGAAAUCUAGUUUCUCUGAAGUUGGUGUUUCCCACUUUGUUUGGAUUAUCUAAGUUGUAGUAUAUGUAAUUAUUGUCUUGUUCCUUGGUACUGAUUUCUAAAGCAUUACUGACUUUCUUCUAGUCUUUUAAGUAUUUGGAGUGAAAUUCACAUGUAGGUACCACUGAGAGGCCAGAUUGUGUGCCCCAAGGUAAAUGUAAUAAAUUAAUUUGUUAUACUACAUAGAUGUCAAGAACAAGUAGAUUAAGGUCUAUUCACCCCAAAUUCAUGUCUGGAGGGUCUGUGCAUAUGAGAGUUGCUUUUUAAUUUGUAUUUGAUAAGAGUACUCUAAUUUUCUUGAGAUUGUCUAGAUAGUGCCAAUUUCACCUAACUGACUUCUCUGUGUUUGCUUUCUGCACACAAGCAUGUAUCAGUGGUGCUUAAUUUGUCAUCUAAGUAUAUAAUCCCCAGAUAAUUAUCCUUGAUUGACUACUAGACAACCAAAUAAAAGUUGUAAGGAGGCCAUGAAACCUAAACAAUGUCUUUCUUGAUUGCAUCUUCCAAAUGGGGUUUAUAUAACGCUGAGCUGAAAAAUUGCAAUUGCUUUUCAGUUGUGAGGCCCCAGCAGGGGUUAGCUAGUUCCAGCUAAGGAAAUGGGAAGUGAUAAUUUAUAUGUGAACUCUUGACUUGCAGAUGGAGAGCUGAUCUGUUUUGUUAUCAUUCUAGCUUCGGGCUGUGUAUUUAUCUCUUUGGAUAGGUCACACUUAGCUCUUAUAUAGCUGGCCUCAAAUCUAUGGAAAGCCCUAUGUAUUGAAUAGAGUCCAUAUGAACUAAAACAUUUAUUUAUUAAGUCAAUGUUAACUUUUUUCUACUGCAGUUGAAGUGAUCUGUAGUACUCUAAGCUUUUUUAAAAAUAGAUGUUUCCACUUUGUAUGAAAUGAAAUAAAAUGAUUUUGCAAGUA